AUGGACUCGGCAAUCAUGCAGCAUGCGGCAAAAGCUCAGGAGCUGCUGAGAACAGUGGGCAUCAAGUCACUAAUCACUGGGGACCUUGCGAUGACACACUAUAGCGUCGACACCGUGCUUCAGGUACGUGAAGUGACCCGCAAAUCUAGGUAGAUCGUUGACAGAGAAGUAGUGCAUCGAGGUCUGCAUACCGCAUCAGGCCUGGCACGCAGCUAUAUCUACACUCUCAUCUCAACAGGACUACAGCCGGAUAGAUCGCAACGUGGCGGACUUCUACCAUCCUUAUAAGCGUUUCGCGGCUGUAUUCGAGAUCAAAGGGUCUCCCAACCCGCUUAUGCAUAUUGUCGACGAUUUGAACUUGCCUCUUUCUCUACAGGGCCUACCCGCCGUGCUGCACACGUCUCUCAAUUGCACUAAGCAGGCGGAGAAUGCACUAUCGAACUACGACCCUGUGCAAAUCAGCUGGCCCUCCUUGUCCUCAUUUGUGGCAGUCUGGAUACAUCUCGCUACGCAGGCGGACACGGCAGAGGAGAAAUAUGCGUACAUGGCUUGGGCAGAUCGGCUCAUCGGCAGCAACCGCAUUGAUAUUCUAUGGUGCAGGGACAACAUCCCCGAUCUUUGUGACACGGAGGUUUUGAGCAUUUUACUACGCGAACGUUGA